AUGUUUGGUGCAUUGAACCGCUUUAUAGCUCGCCUUGAUGGUGAGCCACCUCCACGACAGUCAGACUCAGGGCCGUCGGAUACUUCGUACGGCUUUCAGGUCCUGCGAAACACAAAUAAGGACCUCCAUAUUGAACCCUGGUUCGACUUCAUAAUAGGCAUCAACGGCCAUUAUCUGGACUCCCCGGAUCCCACCCUGUUUACAACCGAACUGCGCAACUGCGCCGGCGGAUACUGUUCCCUGGAUAUAUGGAGCGCAAAGGGCCAAAGAACACACUCGGUCAGCGUGGCCGUUCCUGUUCCGCCCGAAACGCUCGGGCUCUCGCUACAACUCGCACCUCUGAAUUCCUCACACAAUAUCUGGCACGUCCUUGACAUUCCCUCUCCGUUGUCUCCGGCCCAUCAAGCGGGCCUCCUACCACACAGCGACUAUAUACUUGGCUCGCCAAGCGGUACCUUGAAGGGGGAAGCUGCUCUCGGCGAGCUCGUUGAAGACCACCUGAACCGCAGUCUGGUAUUAUGGGUCUACAAUUCGGAGUUCGAUGUGGUAAGAGAGGUGGAACUCGUGCCACGAAGAGGUUGGGGAGGUGAGGGCGCUUUGGGAGCGAUCCUUGGUUUCGGCGCUCUACAUCGCCUGCCCGUGGGAUUGGGAGAGGAAGUGCAGGCCCCGGGAGAAAAUCUAUUUGAUGCGGAUAGGAAGAGCUGGGAGAACGGGCAGCAGGAGGUGUUCGCCAACACCUUCCAGCCUGCGCCAGCUCAGGAUCUACCUCCACCACCCAUGGUUAACCCGAAUAUUCCUCCUCCGCCACUGAUGAACCCCAGUGCUCAACCACCCAAUGCCUCCUUACCAGCUAGAUCACGAAAGGGGCGACACCACGCCGGAGCCGCUCUGAACAGUGGUUUCGAUGACAUAUUCGCCGAAGGGGCCAAAAAGAGUGCCGAGCAAGAUCAUGUACCUUCGAGGAAGGGAACACCACUUGCUCCGCCACCCAAGGUCACGUCUGCUGGACCGACACCACAUUCUGUCACCCACGAGAAAGAAGAUCCCCUAGCGCAAGCAGGCGAAGAUCUUGGUGAACCCGGGGAUGCCGAGGAAACGUGA